AUGACCGAUGCUAUGAUACAGGAAGAGCUGGCUUCUUACUUAUCUGACGCUGAUAGAAAAACUGAAAGUCCUGACACUUCCUUCAUCAACUCCCCUUCGCAGACUAUCCCCACGGAGAACAGCAGCAUUACUAACUUGAAAGGGUUCUACAACGCUGACAUCGGGAACCAACUCAACCAGGACGCGCUGCACUCGAUACUAGAGAACCUGGAACAAUCGCGCUGCACCAGGCCUGUGAACUUGCAACACUCGCUCUCGUCCAGUUCUAUGAACGAGGAAGAAGUCAUGACCAAGCCAGAGUUCAUUAAUCCCGUAUUGCUGUCCUCGGCUACGCUGCCUAAGCUGCCAAGCAGCCUCUCCCCAACCACAUCCGCCCAGCAUGACAGCGAGGCGGACGGAACAGAGGUGGUGCUGCCUAGCAAUAACUCUAACCUGCAGAAGGCACAUAACAACUUGUUCAUGGACUCUAGUCUGGGCAAUGAUUACGACAACGAAGUCGUGGACUUCUUCGAUGUGUUCGGCGAGAGAGACUCCUUGAUCCUAAACGAUGACGACGCAGAUGACGAGCAAGACCACGACCACGACCAGGACUACGACCAGGACCAGGAUAAUUUCGAUGACUCAGCAAUCCUUUCUGGCAGCAGAAGAGUCAGCAAAUUGCUCAGCCCUACUUCUCUACAGACCGAUAGACGCGCAUCCCUCACUCAAACCGUGGAAUUGGCCUCGUCGAACCCACAGACAAAACAUGCUAACGCACAUGAAGAAAUAGAUGCAAACGCUUCUGAUAUCUCAAAGACAUUGAACGAAUACAGCUUGGAUUUUCACUCGGCAUCCAAGCUUACAAAAUACAGAAAUAGAAGACAAUCAGUUCAUGGGCCAGUGGGUUCAGGCGUGACAAAACGCAAACCUUCAUUAGAGAGCCCACUGACUUCGCCAACUAGAACUCUACAGGCAUUGAGUAAUGCCAACAACCAGUACAGAUUAACUAACAACGCCGGUGCGUUGAAUAGCAUGUUGCUUUGGGAAGAUGCUGUCCUGUCCGAUGAUGACGACUUGAACGAAGGCGAAGACCGCAGAAAUAUGUUCAUUGCAUCUCCUGCCAGUUCAGGUCUUUUCUUGAACGGCAAUGAGGAUGCUGCCCUAGAGGUUGUCGAACCAAGUUUGAACGUGUCUCCUGUAUUUAACCCAAAAUCACUUUCAAUUCUCGAUGCCAAAAAUAUCGAAUUGAGCUCAAGCAAAUCUAGUACAACGCCCGUUAAAGAGUUUGCUACUCCAAUGUCCUCUCGCACAAGCGUAGGGUCAUUAGCACCUUCUAUUGCCUCAAAUUCUACUACGUCAAUUAGAAGGCGAAGAAGGUCUGCUGUAACUCCUAUGAGCUCUAGAAGCUCUCAAAGUCUUUCAAGAAGAAAUAAGUCAGUUUCUGUGGAGCUACCAGACGGAGCAAAACCAUUCCAAUGUGCCGAUUGUGACAAAGCUUUCAGAAGAAGUGAACAUUUGAAGAGGCAUGUUCGUUCUGUUCACUCAACAGAAAGACCAUUCCCCUGCAUGUUCUGUGAGAAGAAGUUCAGCAGAAGCGAUAACUUAUCUCAGCAUUUGAAAACACAUAAAAGACACGGAGACUUUUAA